AUGGUCGGACCUUUCAAGAUCACUUUGGGCAGCUAUACCCAUAUCUUCAUGCCAAUUGACAAAUUCACCAAAUGGAUUGAGGUCAAGGCUGUCACCAGCAUUGAGUCAGCUAAAGCUGCUCAGUUCAUGGAGGAAAUCACACAGCGCUUUGGAAUGCCAAAUAGGAUCAUCACCGACCUUGGUAAGCAAUUCACAGCCUCCGAGUUCUGGUACUUCUGCCAGGACAACCUCAUCGAUGUUUACAACUCCUCAAUAGCACACCCGUGCUGCAAUAGUCAGGUCGUCCUGCCAUCUGUCGUGGCCUUUGGCGCCCCACGCAUCUUGUACUACGAGGAAGGUGAGGCAGAAACAAGUUGGCAGGUUGACAUUGACAGCCUCGAGGAGUAUCGAGUGGUGGCUCUCAUCCAGCAUGCACACCACAAGCAGCAGAUACAGAUCUACCACUAUCGGAAUGUCAGAGAAUGCUCCUUCAAUGUUGGCAAUUUGGUGCUUCACCGGAUCCAGUCCACCAAGGACAUGCACAAGCUGGCUGCCCUCUGGGAGGGCCCUUUUCAUUGUCAAAGAAGUCAUCCAGCCAAGCACCUAUCGACUCGAUUGGGCGGACAGCUCAGGCAUCCCAACUCGUGGAACAUCAAGCACCUACGACGCUUCUACCCGUAG